UUUUUUUAUCGAUUCGAUUUGAAGGCAUGUUGUAGUACUUUAAUAGAUACGCACAGAGUAAUAAAAAGAAGCAUAUGGAUUUAUAAUGGAAGAGGACAAAGAUGGACAGUCACAGAGACGGUUUACCUGUAAAUUCUGUGACUUCUCAGCUUCUUAUACAUAUUAUGGGCAGAAGCCACCCAACACCAGGGCCAUUGUUCUUCUGGAGGAGUGCUUUGUAACGAAGGAUCCCUUUAGUCCCAACAAGGAGAAAUUCUUGGUUUUAGGAUCACAUUGCAGUAUAUGCGGCAAAACCGUUUGUGUUGGGACGGAGUGCAGCCUGUUCUACACAAAGCGCUUUUGCUUGUCCUGUGUCAGGGAGCACUUGGAAGAGUUUCCCCAGCAAAUCCAGGCGGAGCUUAAAAAGAAGAAACAGGCACAGAAGACUCCAGUCACCCAGUGAACGGUGCUGGCAAAAAACUGGACUGGAAGGGAAGUUAAGUGAACUGACAGUUUAUAGACUUCCACAUUUGUUUAAACCCAAUGUACACCUGUGCACAGAAACAGUCGUGUUCUCUACUGUUUAUAUUUCCGUUAAUACAUAAUGUGAAACAAGUAUGCAUUGGGUAUGGAUGGUUACGAUGUGCUUGUCACUGGAAAAUCCCUAUAGUUUCUCUUGACAUGGAAUCUGAAAAUGUGAUGCCACUUUAUGAAUAUUGAAUUUAAUAUGAAUAUGUGCAUUUAUACUAUGUAUUAGGCUAAGCUGAUUAAUAGAAAAAGAAAAUAAUCUGUUUUAUGGCCCAAACUGAAAAUGAAUGCAAAUAAGUGGGCUUUUCUUUCUAGAGAAAAUAAACAUGUACAUAGCCUGACAUGACUCGUGGUAGACUGCAGCUGAAGAAACCAAAAUUAUGUGGAGUAUUGGAUUUUAAUAAAAAAGGUUAUUUUUUUGAGGGAA